AUGCAUUACACCACCUACCCCCUCAUCUGGAUCACCCUCCUCAGCGCCGCCUGGUGUCAAUGGUCCAAACUCUUCAUCAGCCAGCCAGCCUUCACCAACCACCCGUGGCCCUCCAUCCUCCUCGAAUCGCCCGAGUUCGGCCCCACCGGCUCCUACCUCGACAUCGACCACACACGCGAGGGCGCAGGCAAUUUCCCCGCCCUAUCCUGGCCCUAUCCAUCCGGAACGGCCGUCCAAGAGUACAUCCUCCUCUGCGAGGACCCCGACUCCCCAACCGCUGAAGCCGUCAUCUCCCCGCCCUAUCCUGGCCCUAUCCAUCCGGAACGGCCGUCCAAGACCGUCAUCCACGGCCUGUUCUAUGGGAUCCAUCGCGCGACGACCGGGGUGCAGAACCCAGAUUUCUUUCUCGACCAGUCGCAGACCGAGCCGUUCAUGCUGCGGGGUGGAUUCAAGUACGGUCAGAAUGGAGGGAAUAGUGUGUACUUCGCCCCGCUGGCGCCCCGAGGCCAAGGGCCGCAUCGGUACUUCUUCGAGUUGGUGGCAUUGAAUGAGACCUUGGACCAGCAGGGUCUCAGUUCGCCGGCGAGGAUUGAGGAGAUUAUGCGCGCGAUUGAGGGGAAGGUGGCGGGAUGGGGCGCUUGGAUGGCAUUGUCUCAGAGAGCUUAA